AAUUGGCUGGAGCUGUUCAGGGAGUCAGAGCCUGCAGGAACUCCAGAGCUCAGCGCCAAGGAGAAGCCCCUGCGAGAGUGGGAAAGAAGCAAGCACUCUCGGGACACGGAAGAAAUGGGGAGCAAAAUGAAGAGAGAGCUGAUGUGUGUGCUGCUGCUUUGUGGAGUGGCUUUCGCAUUGCCUGACCAGGGAGUACACAGGAGGUUCAGAAGAGGAGCCCGGUCCUACAGAGCAACCUGCAGAGACGAGCCAACGCAGACAACUUACCAACAGCAUCAGUCGUGGCUCCGACCCAUGCUCAGAAGCAGCCGGGUGGAAUAUUGCCGGUGCAACAGCGGCCUGGUACAGUGCCACUCAGUGCCCGUCCGAAGUUGCAGUGAACCAAGAUGCUUCAAUGGGGGGACCUGUCAGCAGGCCCUGUAUUUCUCUGACUUUGUCUGCCAGUGCCCUGAUGGAUUUGUGGGGAAACGCUGUGACAUAGAUACCAGAGCAACAUGCUUUAAGGACCAGGGCAUCACCUACAGAGGCACGUGGAGCACAGCAGAAAGUGGGGCUGAGUGUGUCAACUGGAAUAGCAGUGUUCUGUCGCUGAAGCCCUACAAUGCAAGGAGGCCAAAUGCCAUCAAGCUGGGCCUUGGGAAUCACAACUACUGCAGAAACCCAGACCGAGACUUGAAGCCCUGGUGCUAUGUCUUUAAGGCAGGGAAGUAUACCACGGAGUUCUGCAGCACGCCAGCUUGCCCUAAGGGAAAAAGCGAGGACUGCUAUGUUGGGAAAGGUGUGACUUACCGUGGCACCCACAGCCUUACCACAUCCAAGGCCUCCUGCCUCCCCUGGAAUUCCAUAGUCCUCAUGGGCAAGAGUUACACAGCGUGGAGGACCAACUCCCAGGCACUCGGCCUGGGCAGACACAAUUAUUGCCGGAAUCCAGAUGGAGAUGCCAGACCUUGGUGCCAUGUGAUGAAGGACCGAAAGCUGACGUGGGAAUACUGUGACAUGUCCCCAUGCUCCACCUGUGGCCUGAGGCAGUACAAACGGCCUCAGUUUCGAAUUAAAGGAGGACUCUACACAGACAUCACCUCACACCCUUGGCAGGCUGCCAUCUUUGCCAAGAACAAGAGGUCUCCCGGAGAGAGAUUCCUGUGUGGAGGGGUGCUAAUCAGCCCCUGCUGGGUGCUGUCGGCUGCUCACUGCUUUCUAGAGAGGUUUCCCCCCCAUCAUCUUAAAGUGGUCUUGGGCAGAACAUACAGGGUGGUCCCCGGAGAGGAAGAGCAGACAUUUGAGAUUGAAAAAUACAUAGUCCAUGAGAAAUUUGAUGACGACACUUAUGACAACGACAUCGCAUUACUGCAGCUGAGGUCACAGUCCAAGCAAUGUGCCCAGGAGAGCAGCUCUGUGGGCACUGCCUGCCUCCCUGACCCCAACCUACAGCUCCCUGACUGGACAGAGUGUGAGCUUUCUGGCUACGGCAAGCAUGAGGCAUCGUCUCCGUUCUUCUCUGACCGGCUGAAGGAGGCUCACGUCCGACUGUACCCGUCCAGCCGCUGCACCUCACAGCAUCUGUUUAAUAAAACCAUCACGAACAACAUGCUGUGCGCUGGAGAUACCCGGAGCGGAGGCAACCAAGACCUCCACGAUGCUUGCCAGGGUGACUCGGGAGGCCCUCUGGUGUGCAUGAUCAAUAAGCAGAUGACAUUGACUGGCAUCAUCAGCUGGGGCCUUGGCUGUGGGCAGAAGGAUGUGCCUGGGGUCUACACAAAGGUUACUAAUUACUUAGACUGGAUUCACAACAACAUGAAGCAAUGACAAAGACAGCCCAGCUCCUUCGAUCCAGAGGAGGACCUGCCUUCCUCUUCCUCUUCAACAGAAGAUGCGCCUAAAAGGCCGAGCGUUCUUCACACCAUCCUCCUCGUGGGCUGCCACUUGGGAGAGGGGAGGGGAGUCUUUGGGAGCAGAUGUAGCAUUUACCUGUGACAGGUACUUAGCAACUUGUAAGUUUUAAGGACGAAGGUCUGGCUUUAGAAUAAAUCCUGUCAGAUGAGAUGACAGGGAAAUGCCAACCUUCCUAUAACUCUAGGAUUUUAAAAAGAGAGAGAGGUGGACCAAAGUCUGCCCUCCUGGUCCACUAUUUUGUACACUGAACCACAAGACCAUGUCUCAACAGUAAAAUACAACUUGAUCUUUCAGGAGUGGAAGUUUGCACUGGGAACAAGAAUGUGUUUUUAUAGUUACACAGGGGCCCCACAGGGCCUCCACGAGGAGGAAGGGGUAUCUUGUCGGAUCACAACCCCAUAAAACCCUGGAGAUCACAUAUUCCCCUUCCCUCCAUACUCCUCAACUCUUGGGGCAUAUUCUUUUGUAUACAGUGUAAAUGUCUUUUUCUUUAUAAAGUUUAUAGAUGGUUGGGAGAACUGUAUGAUUUUAGUAAUUGAUGAAGUAACACUCGUAUAUUUAUAUAUUGAUCUAUUUUAGUUUUUACUUUGUUACUAUAACUUUGUAUUAUACUGUACUUAAAUAAUAAAUUCAGAGGUAUUUUUCACACUUUUCCACUGGUACAUA